UCCCAUCUGAUUUUUAGUGCAUGCAGUUGGAGAAGCUGUAAUGGAAUCAAAUGAUGGAAAGUUUCAAGCUUCAGAGGUAUCAGCCAGCCAGCAUGUGCUGGUGUGUGCCCUCCAUGAGCUUGGUAGUUUGGUUCAACGACUGGGUUCUUCUGCUAGCCCACUUGUUGCAGAACCAGCUGCAGGAAUUAUUGAACCAGUUGUUUCUGUACUGAUCCAUCCCAGUCAUGCUGCUCGUUUGGCAGCUUCUUGGUGCCUUGGCAGCAUUGCUGUAGCGCUUCCAUCACAGUUGUCUCCUCUCCUAGACAGAUGCAUGGAAAGAAUGGAAAAAUUGAAGAACUCUCCUGAAGCAAUAUCUGGUUACAGUAGUGCAUUAGCAGCACUUCUUGGUGGAGUCUAUCAAUGUCCUCUCGGUAUUCCCCAUGUCAAAGGCAAAGUAAGAAUGUAUUUUCUAUAUUACUUCACAUAAUUUAUUUCAUACAAG